AUGAGCCUGUCCCUGAGAACAGAGCUUACUGUGGACAAAACAAAACGCAAGAAAAGGAGAGAACUCACCGAGGACCAGAAACAUGAAAUCAAAGAGGCAUUUGAGCUGUUUGACACGGACAAAGACAAAGAGAUCGACUACCAUGAACUUAAGGUCGCCAUGAGAGCGCUGGGGUUUGAGGUAAAGAAAGUAGAUGUGCUGAAAAUACUGAAAGACUAUGACAGAGAGGGGAACGGAAAGAUUACUUUUGAGGAUUUUAAUGAAGUUGUCACAGAUCGUAUCGUGGAAAGAGACCCAAAAGAAGAGAUAUUGAAAGCUUUUAAGUUGUUUGAUGACGAUGAAUCAGGGAAAAUCAGUCUGCGGAACCUGAGGCGGGUCGCGCGAGAACUCGGAGAAAGUAUUGGCGACGAAGAGCUGCGCAGCAUGAUCGAUGAGUUUGAUCUGGACGGAGAUGGAGAAAUAAACCAGGAUGAGUUCCUUGCAAUAAUGACUGGCGAGAGCUAA